UUAACGCAGUUAAAUGAAGAAAAACCAUUGUUCUUUACGUAUACAAGCCUUUUUAAAAUAUUUCUUUUGUUUUAAAACCACAAAUCAUCUGUGUUUACAUCUAAAGGUGCAUUUUGAGGUCGUUUUUUCUCCCCGAGCUCAGACAGACCGACUAUAAUGGGUAGGCGGCGGUCGAUAGAGCAGCCUUUCUUUUUUUUCAGAGCACAGUGAGAUGUUGACUCAAGGUGUUGCAGCAUCUCGGGAAUGCUAUUGAAGUCUUAAGUUGAAAAGUCACUGUUUGUCUGCACGGCUCCGAAGGAUUUCAAGUGUUUCUGUUUGAGUAACGUUACUGAAAGGUGGUUUCAUUUCAACUGGAAAUGCAUCAUGCACACGAGAGGAGAAAUUUACUUUUACAGUAACUUUUCCUGUGAAUCCUGGUCAGAAUAAUUUCCCAGAAAGAAGCUGGCACUUAACUGUUAAUUCUUAGACCUUUUUAUUUAUCAAUACCAGACUCCAUUGACAGAAACAGCUGUUUUAAUCAGCAGAACACAGGAGCUCAGCACUCAGAUCCUUUCUGUAAGUUAAAGUACCACACCAUAACACAACAAGCACCAAGAAAUACCUGCAAACUUCCAGGAAACAAGCAGGAAAUGAAGCCACCUGUAAAAUGAAUAGUUUUUGUUUGCAUUUUAAACCUUUCACCUUUUUGAUUUUAUCUAUGUAUGCAGAAAUCUCACAGAAAGGAAGAGCAGAAAGUUCUCAUUUUGCUUUGUGCCCCUGAAAACCCUCCUGAAGGCCCCCUUUCGGCCCUCAGACCCCAGCUUGGCCUCAGGUGAUGGAGGGUAUGACAUCAGCAUGAGGGCUCAGCGGGCUCAGCGGCCGGGUGUUGGGUGUCCAGUCUCUGUUAGUGAAACCGGACCUUUCCUCCCUGACAUAAUUCACCGCAGUGAAGCCGGCGUGUUAUCCACAGCUGAUCUCCCUGUGCAGUGACGGAGCCGCGGGCUGACCCGCCGCAGACUGUCUGCUGGAAAUGUCAAACCUAAAGAUCUUUAACACCAAACAAAGCUGAUGCUGAGCGUUUCGGGGUUAAUUUUAUUGUCCGGUCCUGUAUUUUUAGUAACCUGUGGUCAAAUGUUCACGAUGAGACGUCACGUCCAGUUAUUCUCAGCAUCUCUAGAUCUGCAGACGGAUGACGAAAGGAAGGGGUCAAUUAUCUGCCCUUUCAAAACAAAAGCCCCAGGUACUGGAAGGACUAGGUUCACCAUUUUCCUGAGACGCACCUUAAAACAUAAGAACAGGUUUUUUGUAACCAGGCAAAGAUAGAAGCCUGACACUGUGAGCAGAGAACGUCAAACCAAACUCCAUUCAAAAUUCUCUGAAUUUAAAGCUGCAUCGCUUCUCGACAGAAAUUUUUAGGAGAUGCCUCAUCAUUUAAAACCACACCAUCAUUAGAAACUACUCUUUAAUUUGGCAACAACAACCACUUCAAUGAGCAAUGCCUCACAAUUCAAACAGCUCUGAUUUGGCUGACACUCCAACAUGAGUCUUACUUACUAUUCCUUGUUUCUGCUGUGAUUUAUUUGGGACUUUCCUUUAAUCUCAGGCCUUGUCCUGUGUUGUGAUUUAUUAAACUCGAGUUAACAAACCUCUGAAAGACAAAAUAACUCGACUGGAUUAUGAAUUAACAGCGGAUCCCUCAUAUUGUUGUGGAAGAGGUUCUGGGAAGUGUAGGAAAUCACUAGAAGAGUCAGAUUGAGAAGCAGCUUUAAGGGAUAUUUCAUCACUGCACCACAAAAUACUGACUUUUCUCUUGAGGUUGUGGUCUCAAACUGGGGUCCUGGACCCUGAAGGAGGUCCUUGAGGGUUUUCCAGGGGGUCCCCAGCAGAAGGAGGGACAGUUUAAUGUCACUGUGAGGCCUCUGCAGAAUGAAGGUGAGCGUUUACAGCCAGAGGUUUGUUACUUCCUCACCUACAGCUCAGACUGUUAUGUCACUCUGGACCAAGUCUGAAAUCUAACAGAGGGGGGGUGAGGAAGUUUUGCAGGUCCCAAAGUGCACACCUGCGCUCCUGCUCGUGCGUCUCGACUUGACAACGAGGGUCCAAAGGACAGAGUGAGCGCGUGCCAGCCCGGCCAGUCUCGUGGCUCGGUGUUUGUCUGUCCUCUUGGCUGACAAUAAACAGAUGAAGGCCGCCGCGGGGCCUGUGCCACCCCGAUGGGAGGAGAGGACGGAGCAGAGGGCAGGUCCAGCAGGGCGCGGUCUUCUUCUUCUCCCGCGGCACCUCAUCUGUACUGUAGUAGGAUCUCUUCCAUUUCCAUUUCUGCCAACAGCCCUGCGCCACAGGGACGCAUUGAGAACAAACCCGAGAGGCAGAAACCGCUGCGGGGACACCCUUUGACCGCCGUGCCCAACAGGCGCAGCCAGCCUACGCACCGCGCGCCUCCGUGUCUGUCUGUAGCCCGUUUCUCACAGCUCCGACACAGAGAGGCCGCUUUGAACCUGCCUGCCAAGAUAAACUCACCUCGCCUAUUUAUGCCCCUGCCUCCGCGUGCACUCGGAACAGGAGAGUGUCAGCGGCGCAGAGGACAGGUUCAGGUCUUUCCAGCUCGUCUCCAGCGGCGCACUGGCCACCUUUACGCGCCGGGAAUGGCGACUUUUGGGGACUCGGGGAUGAGUCCUGCUCCGUUACCUCCACUCUAAAAUUAUCGAGGGGAACCCACGCGAGGGGGACACACAGAGAGACAUACAGCGGUGACAUUUUGGCCACCCGCCGGGGGGGGUGACACACCGGCCCCGGGGCGGAAUGCUGCUCCCGACGCUGGUGACGUGCCUCGCCGGGUGCGCCUUUCUCCUCUCGCCGGUCAGCGAAGGCUGCGGACCGGGACGAGGCUACGGCAAGAGGCGGCCACCGAGGAAGCUCGUGCCGCUCGCCUACAAGCAGUUCAGCCCCAACGUGGCCGAGAAGACUUUAGGGGCCAGCGGGAGAUACGAAGGGAAAAUAACCCGGAACUCUGAGCGCUUCAAGGAGCUCACCCCGAACUACAACCCCGACAUCAUCUUCAAGGAUGAGGAGAACACAGGUGCAGACCGCAUGAUGACACAGCGCUGCAAAGACAAGCUGAACUCUCUGGCCAUCUCGGUGAUGAACCUCUGGCCCGGGGUCCGCCUGCGGGUCACCGAGGGCUGGGACGAGGACGGCCACCACUCAGAGGAGUCGCUGCACUACGAGGGCCGGGCGGUGGACAUCACGACGUCGGACCGCGACCGGAACAAGUACGCCAUGCUGGCGCGACUGGCGGUGGAGGCCGGGUUCGACUGGGUCUACUACGAGUCCAAAGCCCACAUCCACUGCAGCGUCAAGUCAGACCACUCAGUGGCGGCCAAGUCUGGAGGUUGUUUCCCCGGCGAGGCUUUGGUCACGUUGGAGAGCGGCGGUCAGAAGUCCAUCAGCGCCCUGCGACCCGGCGAACGCGUCCUGGCCUCGUUGGGCAGCGACGGCAGCGGCGAGCUGGUCUACAGCGAAGUCCUGACCUUCCUGGACCGUGACCCCGCGACCCGGAAACUCUUCUACACCCUGCAGACGGAAUCCGGGGCACGACUCUCUCUCACUGCCGCCCACCUGAUAUUUGUAUCCGAGGGGAACUGCUCGGAGGGGGCGGUGCCGACCCGCGGCGCCCUCAGGACUGCGUACGCCAGCGACGCCCGGCCGGGUCAGUGCGUGCUGGUGUCGGAGGGCGACCCGGGACAGAGGCACAGAGAGGGGCGUCUGUCUCGGAUCACCCGGGUCAGCCUGAGGGAGAGGAGGGGGACGUUUGCGCCGCUGACCCAGCAGGGGACGGUGGUGGUGGACGGGGUGGUGGCGUCCUGCUACGCCGUGCUGGACCAGCACUCCCUGGCUCACUGGGCCUUCUCUCCGCUCAGGCUGAUGCACAGCUGGACCGGCGCCACCGGACGCCACGGCGACGGGAUCCACUGGUACUCUCGGCUUUUACACUGGCUGGGGAGGAUGCUGCUGGACUCAAGACGCCUCCACCCGCUGGGCGUGGCUCAGGACGACAGGUGAGGGAGGGGGAAACGAACAGAAAGGAACCUGAACCCCUCACCUGGUGACGGGACCCCAAACAGGACGUUCGGGUUCCUGCUGAGGCCUGAUGGGAGUUUUUCAGCUGGGAAAAAGAGGGAAGAAGAAACUGUGAACUGACACAGAUGAAUUCUCUCAAAAUAAGAAACACAGACAGCGAAUAUAAGAGCACUCCGAGUCUGAAUGACCUCAAGAACGUGCACAAACCUUAACACACUAUGAAGCAGUAAUCCCAUAAUUAAUCCUUAAUUUAUCCAAGAAAACACAGCAAGCACCUUCAUCCAGAUUAGAGUUUGGUAGUUCGGUCCAUUCAUUUGAAGAACCAAAAACACUUAAUUAGAUUUUAAGGUGCAUGAUAUUCUCCUUAAUUUACACAUUAAUCAGUUUAAGGUGUUAGGAGGUUGGGAUGAACUAUUUUCAGGCUCAGAUAAAUGACAUUUUAAGGGAUUCUGGGAUAAUUGAAUAAUUAAAUAAAUAAAUGGUUUUGUGGAUUAAGGGACCGCUUUUGUAUAAUCUGGUCCAUUUUAAGGGUUUUUUACAAUUAAUCAUACCCAUAAGAUCCCAUUACAGAUGCCUGACAAAUGUUUAAAUUAUUAUUGUUAUUAUCAAUUAAGGAAUUAAUUGAUUAUGACAUUUAACUGGUUUAAGUGUGUUUACUGAAUGAAAUAAGGGGGAUUUAAGGUGUAAAAAUGCCUUAACCAUCCCUUAAAAAAAAAAAUUAAGGCACUUUUAAGGUAAACUGUAAAUUAAAUAAUGGCUUUAAUGUUGUUUUAUUCAACUUUGAAGGGAUUUUUACCCCUUUGAAAAACACUUAAUCCAAGCAAACCCUUAAAAUAAAACAACCUGUCAGUUGAAUCAUUUUACCCUUAAUCUGGUAUAAAUAAUCUAAUAUCUCAGCCUUAAAUACCUUAAAUUGAUCACAUGUUUAAAACCUAAUGAGUAAAUGAAUGGAAUUUUAAGGUAAAGGAAUGAAGGGAUUUAGUUUUAUAGUGUCCACAGGGACGUUGUGCUCUUUGUAUGUAACUUUACUGCUUUAACAGAGAUCUUAGAUGAAAUAAUAGAGUGUAUUUAAGUGUUAUUUGUUUACAGAAAAUCCUGUAAUGUUUAUGAAGUUAUUGUGGGUGAAGAGAUAUUAAAAGAAGAUUUAUUUUUGAAAUUAAAUUAUGUGGAAAUGA